AUGCCUUACAAAAACAUCGUCCUCGCCGGAGCCACCGGCAACUUCGGCCCCGCCAUCCUCAACGCCCUCGCCACAUCCAACCUCUUCACCAUCACCGUCCUAACCCGGUCUGACUCCAAGCCUCUCUCCCUCCCAUCCGGCGUGGCCUCCGUGGAAGUCGACUACACCAGCGUCGAAAACCUCACCGCCGCCCUGACCAACGCCUCCGCCGAGGCAGUCGUGUCCGUCAUCCCCCCACCCGCAGCAAAAGCCCAAGAGAACCUCAUCCACGCCGCCGUCGCCGCCGGCGUGAAGCGCUUCCUCCCCUCGGAGUUCGGGUCCGACCUCGACAUCGAAAUCAACCGUACCGCGCCGACCUUCAAGACGAAGGUUGAGGCCCAGGAGCUCCUGAAGGGUCUUGCGGGCGAGAACAAGAUCAGCUACACUUUUGUGUACAACGGGCUAUGCCUGGACUGGGGGCUCCAGGGCGGAUUCCCCGUUUCGGUUGCAGAGAAGAAAGUGGCGCUUUUUGAUGGUGGCGAGCGUGUUUAUUCGACGAGUACGCUGGGUGCUAUUGGGAAGGGGGUCGUCUCUAUCCUCAGUGACAGGAGCGAGGAGACUGCGAACCGGUCCGUCCGCAUUUCCGAGGCUCAAACGACGGCGAAGGAGCUCCUGAGUAUUGCACAGGGAGUUGUUGGUGCUGAGGGGUGGGAGAUCUCUGAACGAAGUAUUGACGAGGAGGUCAACGAGGCCUGGGAAAAGCUUAAGGCUGGGACUUUUGGGCACGACGACAUCUUCCCGUUUAUCCAUCGCGCUAUUUGGGGCGAGGGGGCAGGGGGUCUUUUUGGAGAGACCGAUAAUGAGCUCCUGGGGAUCAAAGUGUUGGAUAAGGAGGGACUAAAGGAGAUUGUUGAGGGCGUUGCUGGGAAGUAA